AUGGCGACCGCGAAGCGCGUCCUGCUGACUGGGUGCUCCGCGGGAGCGCAGGCGGUGUCCACGUCGUGCGAUGACGUGGCGGCGGCAGUGCCGGCCGCCAGCACCAAGUGCCUCAUGGACGCUGGCUUCUUCCUCGAUGGGUGGGACGAGAACGGCACCCCUGCGUUCCGCACCAUUGCACAGAAGCUGGUGGACAUCCACCAGGCGCAGUAUGACGCCGACUGUAUUAAGGCAAACCGCAAGGUGACUCAGUGGAGGUGCUUCUUCCCGCAGAACAACCUGGAGUUUGUGUCAACACCCGUAUUCAUAAUCAACUCUAUCAACGACUAUACAGCAAUGGAUAUCCUUAACUCCGCAAACAAGGCAUCCAAUGCGUCCUCCUCCAACGUCCUCCUGUGCCUGGACGAGCUUCGGCCGUCCGGAGGCACGGCAGGGUACGUUCCCAAGGGGGUGAAGCAGCCGCGGCGCAAGAAUGGCAACGCCACGUGCUCGGCAGCAGCGCGUGAUGCGCUCAAGCGGUACUCGGAACGGCUGCAGAACCGCAUUCAGAGCCUGGCCAGGUGGCGGCCGAACACUGGCACGUUCCUGCUGGGCUCAGUGGCGCACUGCGUGACGAUAUACCCCACUUGGCUCAGCGUCCAGCGCAAGGGGUUUUACAUGCGUGGCGAAGUCUCGAAUUGGCUGAUGAAGAACCAGAGCGUUCAAUUAAGACAGCGCCGUGGUGGAGGGCACCGUGUAUAG